AUGUGGACGCUCCCGCUCGUCGCAAUCAGCGGGUUGCUGCUGGUGCUCGUGCUUCAGGUGGCAGCGGACCCCGCGGCGGCCCCCCCGACGCCCGCAGUCGUCAAGAUCGGCAACCCCGGGCGGUUCCGCAUCAAGAGCUACCCCACCCCAGAUGACCCCGUCCUCAAGAAGCUGGCCGGCCAGAGCGCGUACGUCACGAUCAGCACCAAUGAGAAGCCGCUGGUCAAGGUGCCCCAGUCCUUCCUCGGCCUGAGCCUUGAUCUGAACGACAUCGAGGGCAUCGCGCACCCGGACUUUAUCGGGAUCAUCAAGCACCUGACGGAGUUCAACACGGGGCCCAUGUACAUGCGUGUUGGCGCCGAGUCGGCCGACCGGCUGGUGAAGCCGUGGCCAGCCACGGUGUACAAGGCCCUGGCGGACCUGAACAAGGCCACCGGGAUGCAGUACAUCGUUGGGACCAACCAGCACGCGGAGGACGCCUCGCUGACGGCAUCGCAGGUCACGCGGUCCCUGAAGCUCUUGCCCCAGGGCUCCAUCGUCAGUUUCGCGGUCGGCAACGAGCCUGAUAUGUAUUCCCUCCCCCCACGCGCCGGCCUGCCCGGCAUCUCGCUCCCCAAGCCCAACAACUGGCUCAGCACCCGCUGGAUACCCGUCUCGAGGAUGGUCUACAAGGCGGGAUUCCAGGCCGCGGGCAACAAGCGCUUGUUUGGUGGCCCAGACUGGUCUGACUCGACCAUGGAGGCCUCGAAGCUCCAGUGGUGGCUGGAUGGGGUCAAGGAUUACCUCAACAUGGUGACAGUCCACCACUACGGCGGCAACAUUUUGAAGGACACCAGCAUCCAGGCGCUGCUAAAUGACGCGCGCAUGGUGAAGAAGAUCAGCAACCUCAAGAGCCUGGUCAAAGUCUGCACAGCGAACGGCGGCCUUCCCCUGCGCGUCACGGAGGCGGCCACUCUGAGCUAUGGCGGUGUUAUGGGCAUCUCUGACACGGCCGGCGCCGCGCUGUGGGCGCUGGACACUGCCCUGGAGGUCGCCUUCACAGGCACCGCGGGCAUCCACUUCCACCAAGUCCUGACCCGCCAGAGCAACGCAAACUACAAUGCCAUCUACUACCAGGCAGAUGCGAACCGCGUGCGCGUCAGGCAGCCGCUCUACGGCUACGUGAUGCUCCAGCAGGCCCUCGCCGGCGGCGCCGACGUCAUUGGCCGCGCCAUCGCCGGCGACUGCAAGGUCUGGCUGCUGAAGGGCCGCGCCAAGGGGGACCUCCGCGCGGUCGUAUUGAACAAGGCGGAUGGGAAGGAGUGCGCGGCAAACGUGCAGCUCAGCGCCGACCAGCUGCGGCGGUAUGCGCCGUCGGGGGACGCCCAGUACAUGUACGCCGCCGCCGGCCUGAAGGAUAGGUGGAGGAUCUACUACUCGGACUCGUUCUUCGACGUUUGGGGCAGCGACAGGCUGCGCACGCCGCAGACGGUGGCGAUCCCGCGGUACCUGACCCGCGACGGCAAGGGCAAGGUCACCGGCGGGGGGUUCACCGUCCACCUGACUUCCGGCACGAUUGCGGCGCUCGUGACGGUGCCGCCGGCGACGCCCGCGGAUCAGAAGGCGUUCGACGCCGCCCGCGCGGCGCCGGCCGCGGCCGCCAAGCCGGCGCCGGCGGCCGCGCCCAAGCCGGCGCCCAAGCAGGGCUGA